UGUGGAGGGGAGGGACCCGGGAGGGCAGCUGCAGGGAGCACCAGCUGGGACCUUCACUCCUGGGCAAGCUGGGAGGACUUCUGAGCUGGUGUCUGGCUGGCAGCUGCAGUCUGAGGACCCAGACGCAGAAACGGAAGAGGACCCCUCUGUGAUCGAAGGGCCGGUGGACGAGAUCGUCCGGCCGAGGCCACAGGGGUCCUCGCCGGUCUACGAAUGCACUGCUGAGGGUGCCGGCUUUGGACUCCCGGGGGAGGACACAAGGAGAAGGCGGGCUUCCUCGGGCUCGGGGGGUCGGAGGUCCUGGUGGAAGCGAGACUCGGGAGACGCUCGAACGUUUUCCAGGAUGAGUCGUCAGCAGUCCGUGCAAGAGGCGACAGAGGUGACGCUGAGGACAGACGUGGAGGCCGGAGCCAGCGGCUACAGCGUCACAGGGGGCGGGGACCGAGGGAUUUUCGUCAAGCAAGUGCUGAAGGACUCCUCCGCCGCCAAGCUCUUCAGCCUAAGAGAAGGUGAUCAGCUGCUCAGUGCAACCAUAUUCUUUGACAACAUUAAAUAUGAAGACGCUCUCAAAAUUCUUCAGUACUCAGAGCCUUACAAGGUUCAAUUCCAAGUCAGACGGAAACGUCCUGCCGCAGGGGAUGAGGAAGGGGUCUCCGGUGGCGCUCAGGCCGGCCGCAAGGACAGUGAGACGCAGGAAAAAGAUGUCGCCGAUGGGUGCACAGAGACCCCCACGAAGACUGUGGAAGGAAGUGGAGACAAGGAGAGACUGAUCUCCAAGCCCAGAGAGGGCAGGGGCAGGCCAUCCCAAAACGAGAGGCUCUCCUGGCCCAAAUUCCAGUCAAUAAAGACCAAGCCCAGGUCAGGGCCGCGGAGGUCACACAGCUCUUCAGAGGCCUGUGAGCGAGGACACCCACCUGACAUGUCCCCCACGAGCACAGACACAGAGGCCCAGCUCCCAACAGAGGAGCAGGAGCAGAAGGCAGGACCGGACGGCCAGCGGAGGAGAAGGUUCCUGAACCUGCGAUUCAGAGUGGGCUCAGGGAAGGGUCCAACACCGGGGGCGAGGCCGAGCACAGAGGUCCAGUCUGGGGUCCUAGAGGAGGCAGCAUCCUGGGAUGACAGCCAAGAGGGCGCCAAGGCCAGCACAGACAGGACGGUGGAGGGACCAGAGGGGACAUCAGCUCUCACUGCCCAGCAGCCCGUGGAGCCGGGCCGCCCCAGCGAGGGAGCCUGGGGGGACGGGGCCAGCGUGGCACCCAGGCGCCGAAGAAAGACAAAGGAAGUGAAGGACCAGGUCGACUCGGUGUCAGACGGGAAACCCGGGAUGGACUCAGGCCCAAAGCCAGGUGGAGACGGCCACAGAGAAGCAGUCCAGGGCACAGAAACUGGGAUUGCCACAUCGGCUCUGCAAGGCAAAGUGGACACACAGGGCCGCCAGCCGGAGUUCCAAAUCCAAAUACCCGAUGUCAAAACGCCCAGCUUUGAAUUCUGCAAAGAAACAAUGCCAGACAGAGAAGCGGGCACAGCAGCACGAGUGCAGGGACCCAGACACGGAGGUCCUACAGCAGAGGGCACGGGCAUGAAAGAGCAGCCUGACCACAGACCGGGACCACAGGUGGCUGGAAAGCCCGCAGGGCCCCUGACAGAACGGGACGAAGGAGGAGCAGAGGGAGCUGAGGCAGGGCACGGAGAGGCACACGCCGAAGAGGGGGACACACACGCACAGGGCAGACAGGAGAGGAAAACUAGGUUCAAAUUCAAAACACCCUCAUUCGGGUGGUCUCCAGGAAAGGACAUAAAAUCAGGUCAGGAACAGGUCAGAGAAAUGGAGAGCACGCUCACCAUUCUGACCGCAGAGAGAGGUGCCAGAGUCAAACAGUCAGAACGCGAAAAAACAAAAUUAGACACACCUGAGGUAGACUCAAGAGCCACGGAGGGAGAAAGAGAGGGUGUUCAGACAACUCAAGCCGAUUUUACACUGGGAGAAAGGGAGGUGGCCGCCAGAGACAGCAAGUUCAAAAUGCCCAGGUUCAAGAUGCCAUCUUUCGGUGCCUCCGUGCCAAGCAAGUCCUUGGAGGCCACGGUGGACGUGUCCCUGCCCAAGAUCCAGGCGGAAGUGUCCCUGCCUUCCAUGGAAGCUGAGGUCAAGAGCAAUGAUGUGACCAUUGAGCUGCCAUCUGCUGACUUAGAACUCAAGACAUCCACGGUGGGGGAGAAGGUUCCAGAAGGCCAAAUCCCUGAAGGGGAGCUCCAGGAACCCUCGGCAGGAGCCAGAGUCAAAGGGCACCUGCCCAAGGUGCACAUGCCCAGCAUGAAGAUGCCGAAAGUGGAUUUUAAGACACCCCAGGUGGACAUCAAGGGGCCCAAGGUGGACAUCAAGGGACCCAAGGUGGACCUAAAGGGCCCCAAAGGGGAGGUGAGCAUGCCAGAUGUGGAGGGGACACUGCUGAGUGCAGAUGUGGAUGUCCAGGCACCCACCACCAAGUUGGAGGGUGACGUUACCCUGGGAGACAAGGAGGUGGCCGCUAGAGACAGCAAGUUCAAAAUGCCUAAGUUCAAGAUGCCUUCCUUUGGUGCCUCAGCGCCAAGCAAGUCCUUGGAGGCCGCGGUGGACGUUUCCAUGCCCAAGAUCCAGGCAGAAGUGUCCCUGCCUUCCAUGGAAGCUGAGGUCAAGACCAGUGAUGUGACCAUUGAGCUGCCAUCCGCUGACUUAGAACUCAAGACUUCCACGGUGGCCCAGAAGCUCCCUGAUGUUCAGGUGCCUGAGGGAGAGCUCCGGGAGCCCUCAGCAGGAGCCGGGUUCAAAGGGCACCUGCCCAAGGUGCACAUGCCCAGCAUCAAGAUGCCCGAAGUGGACAUCAAAGCCCCCCAGGUGGACAUCAAGGGGCCCCAGGUGGACAUCAAGGGACCCAAGGUGGACCUAAAGGGCCCCAAAGGGGAGGUGAGCAUGCCAGAUGUGGAGGGGACACUGCUGAGUGCAGAUGUGGAUGUCCAGGCACCCACCACCAAGUUGGAGGGUGACGUUACCCUGGGAGACAAGGAGGUGGCCGCUAGAGACAGCAAGUUCAAAAUGCCCAAGUUCAAGAUGCCUUCCUUCGGUGCCUCAGCGCCAAGCAAGUCCUUGGAGGCCGCGGUGGACGUUUCCGUGCCCAAGAUCCAGGCAGAAGUGUCCCUGCCUUCCAUGGAAGCUGAGGUCAAGACCAGUGAUGUGACCGUUGAGCUGCCAUCUGCUGACCUAGAACUCAAGACUUCCACGGUGGCCCAGAAGCUCCCUGAUGUUCAGGUGCCCGAGGGAGAGCUCCAGGAAUCCUCAGCAGGAGCCGGGUUCAAAGGGCACCUGCCCAAGGUGCACAUGCCCAGCAUCAAGAUGCCCAAAGUGGACUUUAAGGCACCCCAGGUUGACAUCAAGGGGCCCAAGGUGGAUAUCAAAGGACCCAAAGGGGAGGUGAGUGCCCCUGAUGUGGAUGUGACCCUGCCAAGUGUGGAGAUGGAUGUCCAGGCACCCACCGCCAAGUUGGAGGGUGACGUUACCCUGGGAGACAAGGAGGUGACCGCUAGAGACAGCAAGUUCAAAAUGCCCAAGUUCAAGAUGCCAUCUUUCGGUGCCUCGGCGCCAAGCAAGUCCUUGGAGGCCGCGGUGGACGUGUCCCUGCCCAAGAUCCAGGCAGAAGCAUCCCUGCCCUCCAUGGAAGCUGAGGUCAAGACCAGUGAUGUGACCGUUGAGCUGCCAUCUGCCGACCUAGAGGUGAAGACUGCCAUGGUGGGCAUGAAGCUUCCAGAAGGCCAAAUCCCUGAAGGGGAGCUCCAGGAACCUUCGGCAGGAGCCGGAGUCAAAGGGCACCUGCCCAAGGUGCACAUGCCCAGCAUGAAGAUGCCCAAAGUGGACUUUAAGGCACCCCAAGUGGACAUCAAGGGGCCCAAGUUCGACAUGAAGGCCCCCCAGGUGGACAUCAAGGGGCCCAAGGUGGACCUGAAGGGCCCAAAAGGGGAGGUGAGUGCGCCCGACGUGGAUGUGACCCUGCCCAGCGCAGACGUGGACGUCCAGGCACCCACGGCCAAGUUGGAGGGUGACGUUACCCUGGGAGACAAGGAGGUGACCGCUAGAGACAGCAAGUUCAAAAUGCCCAAGUUCAAGAUGCCAUCUUUCGGUGCCUCGGCACCAAGCAAGUCCUUGGAGGCCGCGGUGGACGUGUCCCUGCCCAAGAUCCAGGCAGAAGUGUCCCUGCCCUCCAUGGAAGCUGAGGUCAAGUCCAGUGAUGUGACCGUUGAGCUGCCAUCUGCCGACCUAGAGGUCAAGACUGCCAUGGUGGGCAUGAAGCUUCCAGAAGGCCAAAUCCCUGAAGGGGAGCUCCAGGAACCCUCGGCAGGAGCCGGAGUCAAAGGGCACCUGCCCAAGGUGCACAUGCCCAGCAUGAAGAUGCCCAAAGUGGACUUUAAGGCGCCCCAGGUGGACAUCAAGGGGCCCAAGGUGGACGUCAAAGGACCCAAGGUGGACCUGAAGGGCCCCAAAGGGGAGGUGACCGCCCCUGACGUGGAAAUGACCCUGCCCAGUGUGCAGAUGGACGUCCAGGGACCCACUGCCAAGCUGGAGGGUGACGUUACCCUGGGAGACAAGGAGGUGGCCGCUAGAGACAGCAAGUUCAAAAUGCCCAAGUUCAAGAUGCCUUCCUUCGGUGCCUCAGCGCCAAGCAAGUCCUUGGAGGCCGCGGUGGACGUUUCCGUGCCCAAGAUCCAGGCAGAAGUGUCCCUGCCUUCCAUGGAAGCUGAGGUCAAGACCAGCGAUGUGACCGUUGAGCUGCCAUCUGCUGACCUAGAACUCAAGACCUCCACGGUGGCCCAGAAGCUCCCUGAUGUUCAGGUGCCCAAGGGAGAGCUCCAGGAAUCCUCAGCAGGAGCCGGGUUCAAAGGGCACCUGCCCAAGGUGCACAUGCCCAGCAUCAAGAUGCCCAAAGUGGACUUUAAGGCACCCCAGGUUGACAUCAAGGGGCCCAAGGUGGAUAUCAAAGGACCCAAAGGGGAGGUGAGUGCCCCUGACGUGGAUGUGACCCUGCCAAGUGUGGAGAUGGAUGUCCAGGCACCCACCGCCAAGUUGGAGGGUGACGUUACCCUGGGAGACAAGGAGGUGACCGCUAGAGACAGCAAGUUCAAAAUGCCCAAGUUCAAGAUGCCAUCUUUCGGUGCCUCGGCGCCAAGCAAGUCCUUGGAGGCCGCGGUGGACGUGUCCCUGCCCAAGAUCCAGGCAGAAGCAUCCCUGCCCUCCAUGGAAGCUGAGGUCAAGACCAGUGAUGUGACCGUUGAGCUGCCAUCUGCUGACCUAGAACUCAAGACUUCCACGGUGGCCCAGAAGCUCCCUGAUGUUCAGGUGCCCGAGGGAGAGCUCCAGGAAUCCUCAGCAGGAGCCGGGUUCAAAGGGCACCUGCCCAAGGUGCACAUGCCCAGCAUGAAGAUGCCCAAAGUGGAUUUUAAGGCGCCCCAGGUGGACAUCAAGGCACCCAAGUUGGACGUCAAAGGACCCAAGGUGGACCUGAAGGGCCCCAAAGGGGAGGUGACCGCCCCUGACGUGGAAGUGACCCUGCCCAGUGUGCAGAUGGACGUCCAGGGACCCACUGCCAAGCUGGAGGGUGACAUUACCCUGGGAGACAAGGAGGUGGCCGCUAGAGACAGCAAGUUCAAAAUGCCCAAGUUCAAGAUGCCUUCCUUCGGUGCCUCAGCGCCAAGCAAGUCCUUGGAGGCCGCGGUGGACGUUUCCGUGCCCAAGAUCCAGGCAGAAGUGUCCCUGCCUUCCAUGGAAGCUGAGGUCAAGACCAGUGAUGUGACCGUUGAGCUGCCAUCUGCUGACCUAGAACUCAAGACUUCCACGGUGGCCCAGAAGCUCCCUGAUGUUCAGGUGCCCGAGGGAGAGCUCCAGGAAUCCUCAGCAGGAGCCGGGUUCAAAGGGCACCUGCCCAAGGUGCACAUGCCCAGCAUCAAGAUGCCCAAAGUGGACUUUAAGGCACCCCAGGUUGACAUCAAGGGGCCCAAGGUGGAUAUCAAAGGACCCAAAGGGGAGGUGAGUGCCCCUGACGUGGAUGUGACCCUGCCAAGUGUGGAGAUGGAUGUCCAGGCACCCACCGCCAAGUUGGAGGGUGACGUUACCCUGGGAGACAAGGAGGUGACCGCUAGAGACAGCAAGUUCAAAAUGCCCAAGUUCAAGAUGCCAUCUUUCGGUGCCUCGGCGCCAAGCAAGUCCUUGGAGGCCGCGGUGGACGUGUCCCUGCCCAAGAUCCAGGCAGAAGCAUCCCUGCCCUCCAUGGAAGCUGAGGUCAAGACCAGUGAUGUGACCGUUGAGCUGCCAUCUGCCGACCUAGAGGUGAAGACUGCCAUGGUGGGCAUGAAGCUUCCAGAAGGCCAAAUCCCUGAAGGGGAGCUCCAGGAACCUUCGGCAGGAGCCGGAGUCAAAGGGCACCUGCCCAAGGUGCACAUGCCCAGCAUGAAGAUGCCCAAAGUGGACUUUAAGGCACCCCAAGUGGACAUCAAGGGGCCCAAGUUCGACAUGAAGGCCCCCCAGGUGGACAUCAAGGGGCCCAAGGUGGACCUGAAGGGCCCAAAAGGGGAGGUGAGUGCGCCCGACGUGGAUGUGACCCUGCCCAGCGCAGACGUGGACGUCCAGGCACCCACGGCCAAGUUGGAGGGUGACGUUACCCUGGGAGACAAGGAGGUGACCGCUAGAGACAGCAAGUUCAAAAUGCCCAAGUUCAAGAUGCCAUCUUUCGGUGCCUCGGCACCAAGCAAGUCCUUGGAGGCCGCGGUGGACGUGUCCCUGCCCAAGAUCCAGGCAGAAGUGUCCCUGCCCUCCAUGGAAGCUGAGGUCAAGUCCAGUGAUGUGACCGUUGAGCUGCCAUCUGCCGACCUAGAGGUCAAGACUGCCAUGGUGGGCAUGAAGCUUCCAGAAGGCCAAAUCCCUGAAGGGGAGCUCCAGGAACCCUCGGCAGGAGCCGGAGUCAAAGGGCACCUGCCCAAGGUGCACAUGCCCAGCAUGAAGAUGCCCAAAGUGGACUUUAAGGCGCCCCAGGUGGACAUCAAGGGGCCCAAGGUGGACGUCAAAGGACCCAAGGUGGACCUGAAGGGCCCCAAAGGGGAGGUGACCGCCCCUGACGUGGAAAUGACCCUGCCCAGUGUGCAGAUGGACGUCCAGGGACCCACUGCCAAGCUGGAGGGUGACGUUACCCUGGGAGACAAGGAGGUGGCCGCUAGAGACAGCAAGUUCAAAAUGCCCAAGUUCAAGAUGCCUUCCUUCGGUGCCUCAGCGCCAAGCAAGUCCUUGGAGGCCGCGGUGGACGUUUCCGUGCCCAGGAUCCAGGCGGAAGUGUCCCUGCCUUCCAUGGAAGCUGAGGUCAAGACCAGCGAUGUGACCGUUGAGCUGCCAUCUGCUGACCUAGAACUCAAGACCUCCACGGUGGCCCAGAAGCUCCCUGAUGUUCAGGUGCCCGAGGGAGAGCUCCAGGAAUCCUCAGCAGGAGCCGGGUUCAAAGGGCACCUGCCCAAGGUGCACAUGCCCAGCAUCAAGAUGCCCAAAGUGGACUUUAAGGCACCCCAGGUUGACAUCAAGGGGCCCAAGGUGGAUAUCAAAGGACCCAAAGGGGAGGUGAGUGCCCCUGACGUGGAUGUGACCCUGCCAAGUGUGGAGAUGGAUGUCCAGGCACCCACCGCCAAGUUGGAGGGUGACGUUACCCUGGGAGACAAGGAGGUGACCGCUAGAGACAGCAAGUUCAAAAUGCCCAAGUUCAAGAUGCCAUCUUUCGGUGCCUCGGCGCCAAGCAAGUCCUUGGAGGCCGCGGUGGACGUGUCCCUGCCCAAGAUCCAGGCAGAAGCAUCCCUGCCCUCCAUGGAAGCUGACGUCAAGACCAGUGAUGUGACCGUUGAGCUGCCAUCUGCCGACCUAGAGGUGAAGACUGCCAUGGUGGGCAUGAAGCUUCCAGAAGGCCAAAUCCCUGAAGGGGAGCUCCAGGAACCUUCGGCAGGAGCCGGAGUCAAAGGGCACCUGCCCAAGGUGCACAUGCCCAGCAUGAAGAUGCCCAAAGUGGACUUUAAGGCACCCCAAGUGGACAUCAAGGGGCCCAAGUUCGACAUGAAGGCCCCCCAGGUGGACAUCAAGGGGCCCAAGGUGGACCUGAAGGGCCCAAAAGGGGAGGUGAGUGCGCCCGACGUGGAUGUGACCCUGCCCAGCACAGACGUGGACGUCCAGGCACCCACGGCCAAGUUGGAGGGUGACGUUACCCUGGGAGACAAGGAGGUGACCGCUAGAGACAGCAAGUUCAAAAUGCCCAAGUUCAAGAUGCCAUCUUUCGGUGCCUCGGCACCAAGCAAGUCCUUGGAGGCCGCGGUGGACGUGUCCCUGCCCAAGAUCCAGGCAGAAGCAUCCCUGCCCUCCAUGGAAGCUGAGGUCAAGUCCAGUGAUGUGACCGUUGAGCUGCCAUCUGCCGACCUAGAGGUCAAGACUGCCAUGGUGGGCAUGAAGCUUCCAGAAGGCCAAAUCCCUGAAGGGGAGCUCCAGGAACCCUCGGCAGGAGCCGGAGUCAAAGGGCACCUGCCCAAGGUGCACAUGCCCAGCAUGAAGAUGCCCAAAGUGGACUUUAAGGCGCCCCAGGUGGACAUCAAGGCGCCCAAGUUGGACGUCAAAGGACCCAAGGUGGACCUGAAGGGCCCCAAAGGGGAGGUGACCGCCCCUGACGUGGAAGUGACCCUGCCCAGUGUGCAGAUGGACGUCCAGGGACCCACUGCCAAGCUGGAGGGUGACAUUACCCUGGGAGACAAGGAGGUGGCCGCUAGAGACAGCAAGUUCAAAAUGCCCAAGUUCAAGAUGCCUUCCUUCGGUGCCUCAGCGCCAAGCAAGUCCUUGGAGGCCGCGGUGGACGUUUCCGUGCCCAAGAUCCAGGCGGAAGUGUCCCUGCCUUCCAUGGAAGCUGAGGUCAAGACCAGUGAUGUGACCGUUGAGCUGCCAUCUGCUGACCUAGAACUCAAGACUUCCACGGUGGCCCAGAAGCUCCCUGAUGUUCAGGUGCCCGAGGGAGAGCUCCAGGAAUCCUCAGCAGGAACCGGGUUCAAAGGGCACCUGCCCAAGGUGCACAUGCCCAGCAUCAAGAUGCCCAAAGUGGACUUUAAGGCACCCCAGGUUGACAUCAAGGGGCCCAAGGUGGAUAUCAAAGGACCCAAAGGGGAGGUGAGUGCGCCCGACGUGGAUGUGACCCUGCCCAGCGCAGACGUGGACGUCCAGGCACCCACGGCCAAGUUGGAGGGUGACGUUACCCUGGGAGACAAGGAGGUGACCGCUAGAGACAGCAAGUUCAAAAUGCCCAAGUUCAAGAUGCCAUCUUUCGGUGCCUCGGCGCCAAGCAAGUCCUUGGAGGCCGCGGUGGACGUGUCCCUGCCCAAGAUCCAGGCAGAAGCAUCCCUGCCCUCCAUGGAAGCUGAGGUCAAGUCCAGUGAUGUGACCGUUGAGCUGCCAUCUGCCGACCUAGAGGUCAAGACUGCCAUGGUGGGCAUGAAGCUUCCAGAAGGCCAAAUCCCUGAAGGGGAGCUCCAGGAACCCUCGGCAGGAGCCGGAGUCAAAGGGCACCUGCCCAAGGUGCACAUGCCCAGCAUGAAGAUGCCCAAAGUGGACUUUAAGGCGCCCCAGGUGGACAUCAAGGGGCCCAAGGUGGACGUCAAAGGACCCAAGGUGGACCUGAAGGGCCCCAAAGGGGAGGUGACCGCCCCUGACGUGGAAAUGACCCUGCCCAGUGUGCAGAUGGACGUCCAGGGACCCACUGCCAAGCUGGAGGGUGACGUUACCCUGGGAGACAAGGAGGUGGCCGCUAGAGACAGCAAGUUCAAAAUGCCCAAGUUCAAGAUGCCUUCCUUCGGUGCCUCAGCGCCAAGCAAGUCCUUGGAGGCCGCGGUGGACGUUUCCGUGCCCAGGAUCCAGGCGGAAGUGUCCCUGCCUUCCAUGGAAGCUGAGGUCAAGACCAGCGAUGUGACCGUUGAGCUGCCAUCUGCUGACCUAGAACUCAAGACCUCCACGGUGGCCCAGAAGCUCCCUGAUGUUCAGGUGCCCGAGGGAGAGCUCCAGGAAUCCUCAGCAGGAGCCGGGUUCAAAGGGCACCUGCCCAAGGUGCACAUGCCCAGCAUCAAGAUGCCCAAAGUGGACUUUAAGGCACCCCAGGUUGACAUCAAGGGGCCCAAGGUGGAUAUCAAAGGACCCAAAGGGGAGGUGAGUGCCCCUGACGUGGAUGUGACCCUGCCAAGUGUGGAGAUGGAUGUCCAGGCACCCACCGCCAAGUUGGAGGGUGACGUUACCCUGGGAGACAAGGAGGUGACCGCUAGAGACAGCAAGUUCAAAAUGCCCAAGUUCAAGAUGCCAUCUUUCGGUGCCUCGGCGCCAAGCAAGUCCUUGGAGGCCGCGGUGGACGUGUCCCUGCCCAAGAUCCAGGCAGAAGCAUCCCUGCCCUCCAUGGAAGCUGAGGUCAAGACCAGUGAUGUGACCGUUGAGCUGCCAUCUGCCGACCUAGAGGUGAAGACUGCCAUGGUGGGCAUGAAGCUUCCAGAAGGCCAAAUCCCUGAAGGGGAGCUCCAGGAACCUUCGGCAGGAGCCGGAGUCAAAGGGCACCUGCCCAAGGUGCACAUGCCCAGCAUGAAGAUGCCCAAAGUGGACUUUAAGGCACCCCAAGUGGACAUCAAGGGGCCCAAGUUCGACAUGAAGGCCCCCCAGGUGGACAUCAAGGGGCCCAAGGUGGACCUGAAGGGCCCAAAAGGGGAGGUGAGUGCGCCCGACGUGGAUGUGACCCUGCCCAGCGCAGACGUGGACGUCCAGGCACCCACGGCCAAGUUGGAGGGUGACGUUACCCUGGGAGACAAGGAGGUGACCGCUAGAGACAGCAAGUUCAAAAUGCCCAAGUUCAAGAUGCCAUCUUUCGGUGCCUCGGCACCAAGCAAGUCCUUGGAGGCCGCGGUGGACGUGUCCCUGCCCAAGAUCCAGGCAGAAGCAUCCCUGCCCUCCAUGGAAGCUGAGGUCAAGUCCAGUGAUGUGACCGUUGAGCUGCCAUCUGCCGACCUAGAGGUCAAGACUGCCAUGGUGGGCAUGAAGCUUCCAGAAGGCCAAAUCCCUGAAGGGGAGCUCCAGGAACCCUCGGCAGGAGCCGGAGUCAAAGGGCACCUGCCCAAGGUGCACAUGCCCAGCAUGAAGAUGCCCAAAGUGGACUUUAAGGCGCCCCAGGUGGACAUCAAGGGGCCCAAGUUGGACGUCAAAGGACCCAAGGUGGACCUGAAGGGCCCCAAAGGGGAGGUGACCGCCCCUGACGUGGAAGUGACCCUGCCCAGUGUGCAGAUGGACGUCCAGGGACCCACUGCCAAGCUGGAGGGUGACGUUACCCUGGGAGACAAGGAGGUGGCCGCUAGAGACAGCAAGUUCAAAAUGCCCAAGUUCAAGAUGCCUUCCUUCGGUGCCUCAGCGCCAAGCAAGUCCUUGGAGGCCGCGGUGGAUGUUUCCGUGCCCAAGAUCCAGGCGGAAGUGUCCCUGCCUUCCAUGGAAGCUGAGGUCAAGACCAGUGAUGUGACCGUUGAGCUGCCAUCUGCUGACCUAGAACUCAAGACUUCCACGGUGGCCCAGAAGCUCCCUGAUGUUCAGGUGCCCGAGGGAGAGCUCCAGGAAUCCUCAGCAGGAGCCGGGUUCAAAGGGCACCUGCCCAAGGUGCACAUGCCCAGCAUCAAGAUGCCCAAAGUGGACUUUAAGGCACCCCAGGUUGACAUCAAGGGGCCCAAGGUGGAUAUCAAAGGACCCAAAGGGGAGGUGAGUGCCCCUGACGUGGAUGUGACCCUGCCAAGUGUGGAGAUGGAUGUCCAGGCACCCACCGCCAAGUUGGAGGGUGACGUUACCCUGGGAGACAAGGAGGUGACCGCUAGAGACAGCAAGUUCAAAAUGCCCAAGUUCAAGAUGCCAUCUUUCGGUGCCUCGGCGCCAAGCAAGUCCUUGGAGGCCGCGGUGGACGUGUCCCUGCCCAAGAUCCAGGCAGAAGCAUCCCUGCCCUCCAUGGAAGCUGAGGUCAAGACCAGUGAUGUGACCAUUGAGCUGCCAUCUGCCGACCUAGAGGUGAAGACUGCCAUGGUGGGCAUGAAGCUUCCAGAAGGCCAAAUCCCUGAAGGGGAGCUCCAGGAACCUUCGGCAGGAGCCGGAGUCAAAGGGCACCUGCCCAAGGUGCACAUGCCCAGCAUGAAGAUGCCCAAAGUGGACUUUAAGGCACCCCAAGUGGACAUCAAGGGGCCCAAGUUCGACAUGAAGGCCCCCCAGGUGGACAUCAAGGGGCCCAAGGUGGACCUGAAGGGCCCAAAAGGGGAGGUGAGUGCGCCCGACGUGGAUGUGACCCUGCCCAGCGCAGACGUGGACGUCCAGGCACCCACGGCCAAGUUGGAGGGUGACGUUACCCUGGGAGACAAGGAGGUGACCGCUAGAGACAGCAAGUUCAAAAUGCCCAAGUUCAAGAUGCCAUCUUUCGGUGCCUCGGCACCAAGCAAGUCCUUGGAGGCCGCGGUGGACGUGUCCCUGCCCAAGAUCCAGGCAGAAGUGUCCCUGCCCUCCAUGGAAGCUGAGGUCAAGUCCAGUGAUGUGACCGUUGAGCUGCCAUCUGCCGACCUAGAGGUCAAGACUGCCAUGGUGGGCAUGAAGCUUCCAGAAGGCCAAAUCCCUGAAGGGGAGCUCCAGGAACCCUCGGCAGGAGCCGGAGUCAAAGGGCACCUGCCCAAGGUGCACAUGCCCAGCAUGAAGAUGCCCAAAGUGGACUUCAAGGCGCCCAAGUUCGACAUGAAAGCCCCCCAGGUGGACAUCAAGGGGCCCAAGGUGGACCUGAAGGGCCCCAAAGAGGAGGUGACCGCCCCUGACGUGGAAGUGACCCUGCCCAGUGUGCAGAUGGACGUCCAUGGACCCACUGCCAAGCUGGAGGGUGACGUUACCCUGGGAGACAAGGAGGUGGCCGCUAGAGACAGCAAGUUCAAAAUGCCCAAGUUCAAGAUGCCUUCCUUCGGUGCCUCAGCGCCAAGCAAGUCCUUGGAGGCCGCGGUGGACGUGUCCGUGCCCAAGAUCCAGGCGGAAGUGUCCCUGCCCUCCAUGGAAGCUGAGGUCAAGUCCAGUGAUGUGACCGUUGAGCUGCCAUCUGCUGACCUAGAACUCAAGACUUCCACAGUGGGUGAGAAGCUCCCUGAUGUUCAGGUGCCCGAGGUAGAGCUCCAGGAGUCCUCAACAGGAGCCGGGUUCAAAGGGCACCUGCCCAAGGUGCACAUGCCCAGCAUCAAGAUGCCCAAAGUGGACAUCAAAGCCCCCCAGGUUGACAUCAAGGGGCCCAAAGUGGAUAUCAAAGGACCCAAACGGGAGGUGAGUGCCCCUGACGUGGAUGUGACCCUGCCCAGUGUGGAGAUGGAUGUCCAGGCACCCACUGCCAAGUUGGAGCGUGACGUUACCCUGGGAGACAAGGAGGUGACCGCUAGAGACAGCAAAUUCAAAAUGCCCAAGUUCAAGAUGCCAUCUUUUGGUGCCUCGGCACCAAGCAAGUCCUUGGAGGCCGCGGUGGACGUGUCCCUGCCCAAGAUCCAGGCAGAAGCGUCCCUGCCCUCCAUGGAAGCUGAGGUCAAGUCCAGUGAUGUGACCGUUGAGCUGCCAUCUGCCGACCUAGAGGUGAAGACUGCCAUGGUGGGCAUGAAGCUUCCAGAAGGCCAAAUCCCUGAAGGGGAGCUCCAGGAACCUUCGGCAGGAGCCGGAGUCAAAGGGCACCUGCCCAAGGUGCACAUGCCCAGCAUGAAGAUGCCCAAAGUGGACUUUAAGGCACCCCAAGUGGACAUCAAGGGGCCCAAGUUCGACAUGAAGGCCCCCGAGGUGGACAUCAAGGGGCCCAAGGUGGACCUGAAGGGCUCAAAAGGAGAGGUGAGUGCACCCGACGUGGAUGUGACCCUGCCCAGCGCGGACGUGGACGUCCAGGCACCCACGGCCAAGUUGGAGGGUGACAUUACCCUGGGAGACAAGGAGGUGACCGCUAGAGACAGCAAGUUCAAAAUGCCCAAGUUCAAGAUGCCAUCUUUCGGUGCCUCGGCACCAAGCAAGUCCUUGGAGGCCGUGGUGGACGUGUCCCUGCCCAAGAUCCAGGGAGAAAUGUCCCUGCCCUCCAUGGAAGCUGUGGUCAAGUCCAGUGAUGUGACCGUUGAGCUGCCAUCUGCCGACCUAGAGGUGAAGACUGCCAUGGUGGACAUGAAGCUUCCAGAAGGCCAAAUCCCUGAAGGGGAGCUCCAGGAACCCUUGGCAGGAGCCGGAGUCAAAGGGCACCUGCCCAAGGUGCACAUGCCCAGCAUGAAGAUGCCCAAAGUGGACUUUAAGGCACCCCAGGUGGACAUCAAGGCCCCCAAGUUGGACAUGAAGGGACCCAAGGUGGACCUGAAGGGCCCAAAAGGGGAGGUGAGUGCUCCCGACGUGGAUGUGACCCUGCCCAGAGCAGACGUGGACGUCCAGGCACCCACGGCCAAGUUGGAGGGUGACCUUACCUUGGGAGACAAGGGGGUGACUGCUAGAGACAGCAAGUUCAAAAUGCCCAAGUUCAAGAUGCCUUCCUUCGGUGCCUCAGCGCCAAGCAAGUCCUUGGAGGCUGCGGUGGACGUUUCCGUGCCCAAGGUCCAAGCGGAAGUGUCCCUGCCCUCCAUGGAAGCUGAGGUCAAGUCCAGUGAUGUGACCGUUGAGCUGCCAUCUGCUGACCUAGAACUCAAGUCUGCCAUCGUAGCCGACAAGCUCCCGGAGAUCGAAAUGCCCGAGGGGGAGCCCCAGGAACCCACGGCAGGAGCCGGACUCAAAGGGCACGUGCCCAAGGUGCACAUGCCCAGCGUGAAGAUGCCCAAAGUGGACUUUAACGCGCCCCAGGUGGACAUCAAGGGCCCCAGGAUGGACGUGAAGACCGCCGGAGGGGAGUUGAGCGCCCCCGACAUGGAUGUGACCCUGCCCAGCGUGGACGUGGACGCCCGGUCACCCAGGACUAAGUCAGAUGUGGGUAUGUCCUCUCGGAACCUGGAACUGUUUUCUAAAGGAAGCAAGUUGAAGGUUCCUAAAAUCAACAUUUCUUCUUCUGGUCACCCCAGUAGUAAGUCCUCUCUGGUCUCUCCACCUGUUGAGGGAAUUGCCAAAGAUGUUGACCUCAGUCCUUCUGGCCCCAUGCAUCCCGUCGUACGUGCUCGUGAUGAGGAUGCCGUCACAGUCAAAGGUGACGUAGGUCUCUCAAUUGGGAAAGAUGGAGGUCGAAGCAAAAGCAAAAAAUCCCAUUUUAAACUCCCCAAAGUCUUUUCUCCACCUGGGAAAACCCCUAAAGUGUUCUUAGCUUUUGGCGGAGAAGUUGCCAUGCGUUCGCCUCCGAGCGAGUCUGCACAUGGCGGGUCCCCGGGGCUGUCCAGCACUUCUGAAACUUCCCUGCCGGAGUCCCGGCCCGGCUGGCUCAGUGGUCCCCAUGGGGAUUCCUCUAGCCUCAUUCCGGGUGAGGACGUCACACUUACAAAGUACCAGGUGACCAUCCCCCGUGACCCCGCCUCCCCCGAGCUGCCCUGUGUAGGCCUGUCUGGGUCCCAGGCGGAGUCUCAGUUGCCCAGCGUGGCCGGUGCCGUGGACUCCCCAUCCAGCGAGAAUAUUCUGCUGUCCCAGCCUGACGGCCACAGUGGCCCAGUGCACACCGUAUUUCCUGAAUCUUAUGGCCGCGUGACUUUUCCUAAAUUUCAUCGACCAAAGUUCCAACUGUCAUCCCCCCAAUCAGCAGCUGGCAUGGCGGAGCCCGGAGCUGCAGAGGGUGUCCCCGCCCUGUCCCCUCCCCUCCCUGAGUGGGGACCACACUCCUCGGCCAGGGAAGCCACGGGGUUCCCCUUGCCAGGCAGUCAGUUGCCGUCUGCAGGUGUCUCUGUGUCCACGGUGGCAGAGGGACCUGUGGGCACCGCGGGGACAUCAGCAGUGGCUGGAGGGGAAGCCCCAGCCGGAGACGCGGAGCCUGAGGGGAGGGGCAGUCCUGUGAGAGCACCAAGAGUCAAGCUUCCCUCUUUCCACUGGUCCCCCCAAAAGGGGGCAGAGUCCAAAGCAGCCCCUGGAGCCCCCCCGCCACCGGGGGUUUCCCUGCCGCCAGCAGCAGCAGGUGAGGAUGUGAGUCUUGGGCAGGAGGGAGAGAAGGGGGUGGUCACAGCACCCGCCCUCGCCCUACUGAAGGUCUCACCUCCCACAAUGACGGCUUCCACAGGAGGGACCGGCGGAAGUGGCGGGGGCGGGGGUGCAGGUGCAGCAGCUGGGCCCCCAGAGGGAGCGGACGUGACCCUCCACCCCACACAGGCCCACGCUCCCGGUGCCGGCUUCGUCGAAGAUGCGCUCAGACCCGCCGAGGCCCCGCCGGAGGCGAGCCUGUCCACCCGUGGCCCGUCCCUUGGAGACAGCAGCAGAGAGCACGGUCUCGGGGACGGCUCACAAAGCCAGCUUUGUGGGGAGGUGAUGGCCCCCUCGACAGAGGUCCCCCUGCAGCCGUCCCGGACAACCCCAGAUGCCGCCUCCCCCACGGAGGGGAGCCCAGCGCGGGAGGCGGCAGCGGGAGUCACUCCGGCCGGCCCCAGGGAGAGCUGGUUUAGAAUGCCCGCGCUGCGUCUGCCCAGCUUCAGGCGCCCCUCCAAGGAGAGGCCUGGGUCUGCAGGGCUGGGGGCUCAGGGGCCCGCGCCUGCCACCAGUGCGCCAGGGGAGGGACAGGCACCGACCACGGUCCGGAGUCAGGGUGUCCCUGUUCCUGAGUCCGAGGAGGAGACGACUAAGUGCCCGCGGCCCCUGGAGGCCGGUGCCGACGUGGGAACCACUGGCAUCGAAGCUUCUCACACAGACGUUCCGCAGAGGAAUCUAGACCUUCAGGCCCCUGCUGCCGGCAUGUCCACUCCCGAGGUCAGGGUCCGGCCAGGCGAAGGCUCCCUGCCCCUCCGGGUGUGCGGGACACUCGCAGAGCCCCACGGGCCUCCAGGAGAAGCAGGCCAGCGCCCCCUUGCUGGGACAGCAGCAGCGCAGGGCCCGGCCGGGGGCCCGGAGGAGCCGCCUCCCCAGCCCGAAGGCCCCCUCAGACUGAGGGCCUCCAGUACCGACGUGCCGUCCCAGGUUUCCGUGGUCAACGUGGGUCAAGUCUGGGAGGACUCUGUGCUCACUGUCCAGUUCCCCAAGUUAAAGGUUCCGAGGUUCAGCUUCCCAGCCCCCAGCGGGGAGGCUGACGUUUUCGUGCCCCGUGUCAGAGAGCUGCCGUCCCCACAGAGCCAUCCUGACACUGCCCUGCUCGGGCAAAGCCCCGGCGCCCGGGACGCCGGCGUCCUGAAGGCGCCCGAGGCCGUCUCCUCAGAAGCCGCCCCCAUCUGUAAGGUCAGGGUGCACAUUCAGAGCGCGGAGGCCGAGAGCAGGCAGGUCACCGUACAAAGCACGGUGACAGCCAUGUACACGGAGCUCUCGGAGCCCCAGGCUCUUCCUGCCCGGAUCGUGCGGGAGUCAGAGGUCCCUGCGUCAGAGGCCCAAACGCCUUCCUACGGGUUCUCCUUACUAAAGGGGAGGGUCCCUGAGCCCACCGCUCGGUCGCAGGCACACGCGGUGACUGCGGACCCUGGGCCAAGAGGGCGCCUUCACCAGCCAGCCCCAGGAGCAGGACCUGUUUCUGGAGACCCGCAGCCUGACACCGGAGAGCCCUUUGAAAUUCUCUCUCCCGAUGGAGACGUGCCGGGAAUGCCAGCCUGCUCUCCUGACCUCCGCUCUGGCCAUGGGCCUGCAGACAGCUGUUCUGACGAGGAGCCGGCGGAAAUUCUCGAGUUCCCGCCAGAAGAGGGCCGGGAGGCGGCGGCUGCCCUGGCAGAGGAGGACGGGGCCCCCAGAGCGAAAGCAGAAGGUAAAAGGUCCUCCGGCCUGUUCCGGUUUUGGCUCCCCAGCAUCGGGUUUUCUUCCUCUGUCGCCGAGGCCGGCACUGACCCCCAGGCCGAAGCCCCGAGACCCGCUCCGGUCCAGACGCAGCCCGAGGCACGGCCGCCGCACCCGCAGGAGAGAGCGGGCUGGUUUCGAUUGCCCAGGUUGGGCUUCUCCUCGUCUCCCACCAAGAAAAGCAAGAGUGCGGAGGCGGAGGCGGGUCCGGCCGAGCAGCACCUCCAGGAAGAGGCAGGCACCUUCUUUGACGCCCGAGAAAGCUUCUCCCCCGAGGAGCAGGAAGAGGGGGGGUCGGCGGAGGCCGCGGACUCCGGGGCGAUGGUGGCCUCCGCGGCGAGAACCGAGCUGAUCCUGCUGGAGGGGGACGGAGCCGCCAGCCGGGCCCCGGAGCCCAGGCCCGGCAGCGAAUGAGGGCCGGGCGGGGGAGACCCUUCCCCGGAGGACGGGCGCCCAAACGAAAUCCCGAGACAGAGGCCCCGCCGCGCACGGGGCUCCCGUCCCGCGGCCCACGGGACUGAGGCGCAGGGCGGCGGUGCCCGGACGGACGUGGCCCUCCGGGGCGGGAGCCCUGUGGGGACCCCCGGGGUAGCGGGGCCGCGGAGGGUGUAGAAGUAGUUCCGCUGUCCUGUGGCCCCUGUCUGGUCCCGCCCCGUCUCAGGUGGAGUCUGGCGCCUUCCAGGAAGCCCCCCCCCCCCACCUGCUUGCCUGUCACGAGCUCACUCCUGGCCUCACCCAGGCGAGCUUGGGGACGACACGCGACACGCACGCGGGGCAGAGGGAGGUGGCUGCGGGCGGGUGAGCCAGCCGAGGGGGCACCCGUCCGUGCCUGCACGGCCCCGCGCGGUCCCCGAGCCCCUUCGCGCACACGCUGCCACCAGGCCUCCCGCGGAAGCUCCCUGGCUGUCCCCAGACGGGCAAUAAAGGACAGGAUGCACCCACA